CCUUACUCUCCUAUCCUCCACAGACACCUCGGUCAACCUGAGCGGAGCCAUGGGCAGCGCCAGCCCCGGCCUGAGCACCCCGCCGUCAGCCCGCCUCCUCUUGCCUGAUACAGGGCUACAGAACAGCUUGGAAAAGGGGUCAGGGGUUGAGAGGAGAGUCUGGAGCCCCAGCCCCCCCGCCACGCCUGAGCAGGGUUUGUCGGCCUUCUACCUCUCCUAUUUUGAUAUGCUCUACCCUGAAGAGGAUACCUGGGGGGGAAAGGGUCCCGUCGACGAGGGCCAGGAGGAAGUCCCCAAGGAGCCAGAGCAGUGCCCCAUCAUCGACAGCCAGGCCCAGGGGGCUGGUCUAGACUAUUCCCCAGGCAACCUGACCCUGGAGGAGCAUUCACUGGAACAAGUACAGUCCAUGGUGGUCGGGGAGGUGCUUAAAGACAUCGAGACUGCCUGCAAGCUUCUCAACAUCACCGCAGACCCCAGUGACUGGAGUCCAGGCAAUGUGCAGAAGUGGCUGCUAUGGACAGAGCACCAGUACCGGCUGCCUCCGGUGGGCAAAGCCUUCCAAGAACUGGGGGGCAAGGAGCUGUGCGCCAUGUCCGAGGAGCAGUUCCGGCAGCGCUCGCCCCUCUGUGGAGAUAUUCUGCAUGCCCACUUGGAUAUCUGGAAAUCAGGCUGGUGUCUCUGUGAUUCUCAUGAAGCCCUUCCUUCUGCUACAGCCACCUGGAUGAAGGAAAAAGCCUCUGGAGCUCUGCAUGUUUGUGCUGUAGGGAGUGAGGAGCCUUGGAAUGACAGUGAAGUAGACUCCUCCUGCUCCGGCCAGCCUAUCCAUCUUUGGCAGUUCCUCAAAGAGCUACUACUCAAACCUCACAGCUAUGGCCGCUUCAUCCGAUGGCUCAAUAAGGAAAAAGGCAUUUUCAAGAUUGAGGAUUCAGCCCAGGUGGCCCGGCUGUGGGGCAUCCGCAAGAAUCGUCCGGCCAUGAACUAUGACAAGCUGAGCCGUUCCAUCCGCCAGUAUUACAAGAAAGGAAUCAUUCGCAAACCCGACAUCUCCCAGCGACUGGUUUAUCAGUUUGUGCAUCCUGUUUGACUGGGAACCAUCCCGGACCUAGGGAUCCAGGAGAGGGACAGAACAGAACAGCUACCCUGAUUUCACCCUACUGGCUUCCCUCUCUCAGCUUGCCCCUCCCCAACUUAGGCCCUGUCUGCUCCACUCAGAACCCCCUGACCCUAGUCAGUGCUGCUGACAACUGUGCUCAGGGGUCAAGGGGACUGGUAAGGUCAAUCUCCAGAUUGGCUCAUUGCCCACCCCCAGAGCUAAGCCUGUGUUGGGGAGGAGCGGUCUUCUCUAUGAACAAGCACAAGCAUAUUUGCUGGGACUGGAGGCCUGUGGGGAGGGGGUCUUUCUCUGAUCAAAUUGCUGAACUGACUCCUUCAAAAAUAUUAACCUGCUCUUUUACCCUAUUCUAUGCUCUUCCAUGGGGGAGAAAAUACACACACACACACACACACACACACAGUCACUGUGACUUAAGACUUCCUUGGAAUGACCACCUAAGGAAGGACUCUUUCAACUGUUUUCACUUUUCCCCGAUUGGUGGCUUAGGAUCCCAACCUGACUCUAGAACCCAGGGGUCCCUUGCUGCCAGUUAUCAGCCUCUCCAUUGUCAAUUCAUUCCAAAAAGGUUCACUAAGAACCAAGUCUGUGCUUUGGGUUAGAUGGGGUGGGUGGGUAGGAGGGUGACUGCUAGAAAAUUCAGAGGCUUUUGUCCUUAAGUUGAAAAAAAUCAUGGUUUAAUUAGGGAGGCAGCCACAUACACAUGAACAAUGCACAUUGAUCAAAAAUGGGUAUCCAUGGCAAUGUGUGACGUAAGUACAGGCUAGAAGGGUUCAGAGGAGUGAGGGAAGCACUGAUGAUUGUCUGUACUGGUGAAGGGAGGAGGAAAAUGGAGAAGACUUGAAGUAGGAAUGUGGAAAAGAAUCUGGGAGAUAGUGUGGAAGGGGAUAUAUAAGCCAAAGUAAGAGGUAGACAUGAGCAAGGAGAAUCUGUCUUUUUUAGAUCCAUCCCUUGAAUCCUUGCAGUUGUCCUGAGCUGCCGUUAGGGUCUGGGUGAGGGGACUCAUUCCCUAACACCAAAAAUAACAGUAGCGAUCAGGUCAGACUGCCUUCUCUUACUUUUUCUUCCCGGCACAAAUCUGGAAUGAUAGGCUUGGCCUUUUAGUUGCCUUCUAGAGGGAAGAUCGAAAAAUAGGAUAAAGGAGUUCUAAAGCUUGAGCAGCCCCCACACCCGGCCCAUCUUCCCAGACCCACCACUGUAACAAAUGCAGGUGCCUUCCCAUCCUCCCCACCCCCCACCUUGCCAAAGAGGGGAUAUGAUUCCCUGAUCUUUCCCCGGCUUCCUUAGUGUAUCAGACCUUAAGACAUCUGUCUCUGAAGGAGCCUCUCAGUGGGGAAGAGCCCCCCACUCUUCCAGAGUUUGUUGUUUAUUUCCUUUGUGAACAUCUCAAGAUUCCCCAUCCCAUCAGGAGUGUAUCUGUGAAUGUUUCUAUUUCCAGACUUGUGAGGGUGGGAGAAUUUGUGCCAACUGAUGAGGUGUAAGAUGUGUGAGAGAGAGAGAGGGCAGCAGGUGCAGGUAGGUGUGAGAUUUAAUAGGAAGGUCUGGGACUCUCAGCCCCGUGGCAGCUUGCUUGUUUAAGAGAAAGUCCUCCCCUCCCUUCUGAGAAUCACAGGAUCAUCAUUCAGAGCCAGAAGUAGCCUCAGAAGCCCUUGGAUCUGGCUCCCUCAUAAUACAGGUGAGGGAACUGAGACACAGAGAGGUUAAAAAAUUUACCUGAGCUGACACAGCUAGUUAGUUGCAAAGUCAGAAUUUUAACCCAAAUUUAAGAACAAAUUAAGAGAUUGAGUCAGAGCCAAAGUGAGUGCUGUUUCCUGGAUUGUCUUUUUCUACUGCCAGCAGUUUUAUUGUCAAAGAAAAAGUAUACUUCUGAGAUGAACAAACGGAUUGUUGGCAUCUUCUGUGCCUCCUGAAUGGCUCUAGUAGAAGGGUUGCCUCUAACUUCUCCUGAUCACAGAAUCACAGAAUCAGAGAGCCGAGAGCUGGAAGAUAUGGCAGCCAAUCCACACAAACCAAGUCCCUGCUGUCUCUUCACCUCCUCCCUCGAUUCCUCCAUUCUUUCUUUCCCCCACCAGUG